AUGGAUACGAUCAACGUCUACUUCAACGAGGCAACUGGUGGCCGCUAUGUGCCGCGUGCCGUGCUGAUGGACCUGGAGCCAGGGACCAUGGACAGCGUCCGUGCAGGGCCCUUUGGCCAGCUCUUCCGGCCGGACAACUUUGUCUUCGGACAGACCGGUGCCGGCAACAACUGGGCGAAGGGCCACUACACAGAAGGGGCCGAGCUCAUCGACUCAGUGCUCGACGUGGUUCGAAAGGAGGCCGAGGGCUGCGACUGCCUGCAGGGCUUCCAGCUGUGCCAUUCCCUCGGUGGAGGCACGGGCGCGGGCAUGGGCACCUUGCUCAUCUCCAAGGUGCGUGAGGAGUAUCCAGACAGAAUCAUGGAGACGUUCUCUGUGAUUCCCUCGCCCAAAGUGUCCGACACUGUUGUGGAGCCCUACAAUGCCGUGCUCAGCUUCCAUCAGCUCGUGGAGAAUUCGGAUGAGUCCUUCCUGCUGGACAACGAGGCCUUGUACGACAUUUGCUUCCGCACGCUGAAGCUGACAACGCCAACUUACGGCGACCUCAACCACUUGGUCUCAGCAGCCAUGUCCGGGGUGACUUGUUGUUUGCGCUUCCCCGGACAGCUGAACUGCGACCUGCGCAAGAUUGCCGUGAACUUGGUGCCGUUCCCGCGGCUGCACUUCUUCAUGACCGGCUUCGCACCGCUGACCUCCCGCGGGUCGCAGCAGUACCGUGCUCUGACGGUGCCUGAGCUGACUCAGCAGAUGUUUGAUGCCAAGAACAUGAUGUGCGCGGCAGAUCCUCGUCACGGGCGCUACUUGACGGCCGCGGCGCUGUUCCGGGGACGCAUGUCCACAAAGGAAGUAGAUGAGCAGAUGCUUAACGUGCAGAACAAGAACUCGUCCUACUUUGUGGAGUGGAUCCCGAACAACAUCAAGGCAUCGGUCUGCGACAUCCCGCCGAAGGGCUUGAAGAUGGCGGUCUCCUUUGCCGGGAAUUCCACCGCCAUCCAGGAGAUGUUCAAGAGGGUUGCGGAGUACUUCACCGCUAUGUUCCGCCGCAAGGCAUUCCUGCACUGGUACACCGGCGAGGGCAUGGAUGAGAUGGAAUUCACAGAGGCCGAGUCCAACAUGAACGACCUGGUUUCUGAGUACCAGCAGUACCAAGAUGCCACGGCCGAGGAGGAAGGUGAAUUCGAUGAAGAGGAGGGCGAAUACGAUGGCUAG